CAGAGUGAUUAUACAUACCAUAGGGAACAUCUCGGGUAUAGCUAACUGAACACGGCGAUACAGGCUUGAAGCAUCCGAUUGGCUACGGUCAUGUCUGCAGGAUUCUACAGUACUUUUACCAUUAUUUUCAUCAGUGUUUUACAUGGGGCUCAUGCAGCUUCUGAACGCCCAACAUUUAUCCUUGAACCAGAGAAUCCUGUAUAUAUUGUGGGAGACAGUGUGGCAAUGAGAUGUUUGGCUGAGAAUCCAACUACCAUCAGUAGUUAUGAAUUCUACAAAGAUGGUGCAAAGAUAUCUGAGUACCGUAAUGACAAUAGAAAUCACCUUCUCAGAAUAAAUUCAAUUACAAAACAGAAUGAAGGUUUCUAUUUCUGUAACUAUGUCAGAGCAAACAUAUCUGCGGAGAGUAACUCCGUAAAAUUCAACGUAAUUGAAAGACCCUAUGCACCAUCUCUGAUCGUGGACCCCCCACAAAUGUUCUAUUUUACAGGCCAGUCUGUAACAUUGCGCUGCCUUGUUCGUAAAGAUCGCCAGAUUCUAGGCAUCUUUAUUUAUAAAAAUGGGAUUCAAGUUGAUGAGGCUGAUAAUUUUGGAGUACUGAUAUAUGCAAAUAUCAGAACAAUAAAUGCAGGAAACUUUUCCUGUGCAUACACAUUGUCUGAAUCAAACCUCAUAGUCCAGUCUGCACAAACUAAAGUUACAACUCUGGUGGUAACAGACCCCCUUCCAUCACCAUCACUAAGGUUUUACCCCAACCUUCCCGAGAUUCAAGGCAGAGAGAUAAAGCUUCUGUGUGAGUCUCCUAAACCUUCCACCAUUCGUGGAUAUCGUUUCUACAAAAAUGGAAACGACCUGACCAGAGGAGCAAUGCACCUGGAAAAUGUGUUCAUCAUAACUAAUUACAAUAAUGUCUCAGAAGGCUGUUAUUUUUGUGUGGCCUAUAGAAUAGAACAGGGAAUCGAGAUUCCGUCUGCCGAGAGUAACAGUCUGUUUCUAACAUCAAACGGCCGCUCUCUGCGACACCAUAAAUCUCCACUGCAGUCAUGUGACCACUAA